AGUUCGUUUUGUGCUGCAUUUGUGUUUCCUUUUUUCAUGUGUGAGGAUGUAGCUCCGUCCUUCACUCGCCCAGCAGCACCAGAGUUUUAUUCCCACGGUGCCCUGUCCACAGUCAUCGCAGGGGAGAAGAUGAUCUGCAGGAUCCUGCUGCUCAUCAUCCUCACCUCAUGUGUCUCUGGAUCAUUUGUAGUCAAUGUGACACAGACCUCCUAUCAGGCAGAGGAGAACCACAACAUCACACUGGAGUGGACGUUCACCACCAAACCUGACAACUCCACAAACUCUGUUUCCAUCAUCUGUCAACAGAUGACUAAUUAUGAAACCUCGGGCUUCUAUCAUGUGUCCAAAGGUUCUGAGGUGUCAGAGUCUCAGGAUGCAAAGUUUUCAGGACGAGUCCAGAGUGACAAAGACGCCCUCAGAGAAGGACGAAUCAGACUUCAACUGUCCAGACUCAGGACUGAUGACUCGGGUCUGUACCUGUGUGAGGUGAAAACCGAGUAUGAUUAUGGCUUUGACUACUGUCGACUCAGCAUACGUGCAGCUGCUGUUCAUUCCAAACCUCAGGGAUCAACUUUGAGUCCAUCAGCACACACCUGGAUGCAAAGGACGGUCCUCUACACUCCACUGGGACUCAAACUGGCAGCUUUACUUGGCUUUGCAGUUUUACUGGUUAAUCGCUUCUGUGCCUUAAGAUGUCAUACUCGGCUGAGAAGAUACAAAAAUUUAAUAUAAAUGUUUAACAGG